ACGUGAGAGAAGGAAUAUCUAGCGCCGCAAAACUUCACUAGCACAUAAACUCGAGUCUUCUCGGUAGAGCCCUCACCAGCCGUUCGUUCUUAUGCCACGUCAUCAAUCCGAUAGUACUCAGUGUUUCGACGGCUGAGAUCAUGGUUGCAGAGCUACUGGAAGAGCUCGGAGAAAUUCGUCUAUUCUCUCUACUCUCUCUCCUCCUCUGUUUUUGCUAAAUUUUACAAUUUUAGUUAAUUUUUUCUUGAUUUUUAGCGGAAAAUCUUCAAAAAAAGAGAAAAAAUUAUCGGGAAGAUGAAGAUCAUGGAUGAAGAAAACGGACUAGAGAAAGAGAAGGAAAUUAGGGUUUUGAAUGGUAAAAUACAUGAUAGUGAUGGCGAAGACCUUGACGACGACGACGACGACGACGACGACGAGGAUCAGGAUGAAGACGAUGAUACAGUCGGAGUGAAGAACGAUGCGGUCGGACAUGAGCAGGAGGAUGGAGAUGACGAUGGAGAUGAGGAUGAGGACGAUGAUGAUGAAUUUGACGAAGAAGGUGAUGAUGACGGGGAAGAUGAUGAUGAGACUGAGGAGAUUCCACACUCUGGUUCUGCGCCUCAAGUUCACUCUGUAGACGACGAAGGCGACGAGGAGGAUGACGACGAUGAGGACGACGACGACGACGACGGUGAGAGUGACGAUGAUGACGAUGAUGAAGACGAGGAAGUCGAAGGGGAAGAGGAGGAUAUGGGAACAGAGUAUCUUGUUAGACCAGUAGGUCGUGCUGAAGAUGAGGAAGAUGCUAGUGAUUUUGAACCAGAGGAAGUAAAUGGAGAGGAGGAAGAUUUUGAUGAUGAGGAUGACGACAAUAAUGAUGAUGACACUGGUGGAAAAGGUGAGGUCUCAGCCAAGAGGAAGAGAUCAGGUAAAGAUGAUUCUGAUGAUGAUGGUAGCGAAGAGGAUGAUGAGAGACCGUCCAAGCGAUAGGGUGGGGGAUCAUUGGGUUGAAGACUGACCAUUGACACUUAGGUCAGACUCUUUCAUUUUAACCCUACCUCACUCUCUCCUGUAGGAAAAAAAAAAAAAAAAUCAAUGUUCUAUGGAUUCUUUCUUUUCCCUCUUUUCAGUCUCUCCUACUUUCCUCCCUUCUGUUUGUGAUCAUGGUGCAGUAAAAUAGGGUGAGUAUUGUCAUUUGGGAAUCCUUGGGGUCUAUGGGUUAUUUGUGGUAACUCCAUAACUGUGAAAACAUUAGGUUUAGGCUUUGUGUAUGUUGUGAACUUAGAUGAGUUGUUAAUGUCUGACAUUAUCACUAGCUGGAAGAAGACAUUUUACUCUGCUCUGUAGGUGUGACCUUUUAAGUACUUUGUAUUUUUAUUUCUGUAAUGCAUUGGGUUCUUAUUUUGUUAA